AUGGAUACGGAUGUUCUGCAGAACAUCGACUUGUUUCCGGUAACCAAUAACAAGGCUAUCGACUCUUUGCUUGACAAUUCUCCUAAUUGCCUAAAGCAAUUCUCAGACAUAUCCUUUUGGGAUAAUUUCGCCAACCAGGUCACCAUCAACGGCACUGAUUAUACCAAAGCCGCACAGGUACCAAAGGUGACCACUACUGAAUUGACCAAAAACUCGCCCAAAAGGUCACCAAAGCCCAUCAAGAAAACUCUGAAGAGGGCACAUACCCCCGACCACAAGAGAUCAAAGCUGAGCCAAGACUCGUCAGCUCUUGACUGCUGUGAUUACUGGCUGCGCUUCGAUAGCGACGACGACAGCCUGGAGAGACUUGGUGACUUCGACCACCAAGCAGUUUCUGCAGCACGCAGGCCACUCAACUCCUUCCAACAAGCAACAAGGCUAGGACGUGUCGGACAACCCGGCAGCUUCAAACUGGAGCUUCCUUCAAGGACAGACGACUGGCUCGAGGAUAGUGCUCUGGAACACGCACUGUCGAGUGAGGAAGAUACAUAUUCAAUGGCGAUGGAUGACGAGUUCGCCACGCGCGACACAAACCAAGCACAGGACAUCGCUCCUGAGCGACUCUACUCAACACCCCUGAGCUGGGAUGCACCACAACCCGGCGUUCGGAAUGAGUCGUACUUCAACAUCAACCCGGCGUUCAACGACCCUGAACGACAAAGGCUAUUAGCUAUCGCCAUGGGCUCUGGCUUGACCCAAAUGCCGAGCGAGUCCAGGCCCUCAGUGGAUUUCACUUUCGACAUGCACCCCAGCCCUUCAGCGACAAGCGACACCACCAGCAAUGGGCCACCCGAGCCUAAGCGUAGGGCUUCGUUCGUGGUCAACUCGGCAAAGACCUCACGCUCAAAUUCGCGAUCUGGUCUGAUCACUCCGGGCGAGCCCAACGACUCUACCAUGAAGAAGGAGAAGCCACGAAACAGCGACCGCGCAGCACACAAUGAUAUCGAGCGCAAAUACCGCACAAACCUGAAGGACAGAAUUGCGGAUCUGCGCGAGGCGAUCCCGUCGUUGCGGUCUAUACCCGAAGACUACGACGACGACGGUUCUCCAGUGCCAGUCUCCAGAGCACCUAAAGUGAGCAAGGGUACUAUCCUCACCAAGGCUACUGAGUAUAUCCAUCAACUGGAGCGACGCAACCGAAGCAUGUCGCAUAAGAAUGAGGAGCUUCUUCGCAGACUGCAAGCUUUCGAACAGCUUCUGGGCGCCAGCCCUGCACCUGCCACAUGGCAACCGCAGGGCUACGGUGCAGCCGUAUUCAACCCGGCAGCCCGCUUCUCUUCAUAG